CAGGGAUAGCGCUCUUUCGGCCAUCUUGGCGCCUGUGGAGGCCUGCUAGGAACCGGACUUCUAAAGGACAGUAUGUCUGGAAGGCUGUGGUGCAAGGCCACUUUUGCAGGCUAUAAGCGAGGUCUCCGGAACCAGAGAGAGCACACGGCUCUCCUUAAAAUUGAAGGCGUUUAUGCCCGAGAUGAAACUGAAUUCUACUUGGGCAAGAGAUGCGCUUAUGUGUAUAAAGCAAAGAACAAAACAGUGACACCUGGAGGCAAACCAAACAAAACGAGAGUGAUCUGGGGGAAAGUAACUCGGGCCCAUGGAAACAGUGGCAUGGUCCGUGCCAAAUUCCGAAGCAACCUUCCUGCAAAAGCCAUUGGACACAGAAUCCGUGUGAUGCUGUACCCAUCCCGGAUUUAAACCAAUGAAAAGUAAAUAAAUAAAAGUGGAUUUGUGCUCUUAAAAAAAAAAAAAAAAAA